AUGCCUCCAUUUCAGGACUCGAAUGGACUUGCAAUUAAGUUCUUCAUUCAGAAAGACCUCAGCCAGGAUUUACAAGCUGAGCUUUGUGAAACAAUCACGGCUCUUGGGGGACGCGUAGAGGCGAAAGUUCCACGACAAGGCUAUAUCUUAGUAAACCCAAACACACCUGAAGAAGAGCGUCUUCGACUGUGCUGGACAAGUGCAGAUCGACCUGAACGGUAUUUUGUGCCGUAUACGUUUGUUGAGGCAUGUAAAAUCAGCGGCAUGCUCCUCAAACAGCUUUUCAUCGAGAACAAUGCCCCAAUCCCCAUGCAUAUCCAUUCCAGUAUUGCCAACAUCAAUGCUCGCUCAGCCCUAAGUGCGCGUAUCAGGCACUCAGGUGGGGACCCUACCGCGUCGAUAGCCACAGCCCGCGUCAUUCUGGCGGAUCCCCACACAGAAGUUUUUCACCAUCUGGUUCAAACAUAUCAAAGUGAUCCUAAUAAAUAUAUCGAGUCGUACUUGUGGAUCAAGAAAUGCAUCGAGCGGGGUAUCAUGACAUACACUCCUGUUGUCUACAAGAAUCCGGGAGGAAGGAGACCAGGAGAAGAUCGGACGUUAUUCACGGAAGAAGACGAGCACAACCUAUGCGUUUAUAUCGCGGCUAAGAUUCCUUUCAAAGAGACCGGAGGACGGACAGGCAACAGAAUAUACACGCAGCUUUGCGAUAUGAAAGACGACCCUGAAUAUGCCUGGGUACAACGACAUACUUGGCAAUCUUGGCGAGAGAGAUACAAGAAGAAUUCGGAGCGAUUAGACAAACUGAUUGCCACUAUUGUCGCACAAACCAAUCCGGCUCAUGGCGAGAAGGGGCAAUAUGGCUAUGUUCGUCAACCGGAAGAGAAACCUAAAAAGUCGCGGAGGAGGCCUGCGAAGGAGUCCCCUCCCACUGAUGAUGAGCAAUCAGAUACUGGUCGAUCCCCCGUAGCUGGGCCAUCAAAGCGUCCGGAGAAAAAUGUCGAUGAAGACGAUGAGAGUGAAUGGGCAGUCCGAGUCGGGACUUCUCCGCCACCCGCGUGGGCAGGAGAAAAACGGAAGGCGAAUGGGAACGACGAGACGCUGCCUGCUAAGCGGUCUAAGUCAAAUGUGCGCAUUGACGAAGAGAUCGCCAACAUAGCCAGGGAGUAUAUGUUCACGACAGAGGAGCCAUCUUCUCAAUCCCCACACGCUGCAUUUGACGCUAUUUCACUCACUUCUCCCAACCAACACUCAGACCCCGCGUUUUCUACGAACCCUUAUGAAAACUAUCUACAAGUCAACUCAGCUCGACGCUAUAAUGCGGCCAUGCCUGCUCAGGAAGAAGAAACGACUCCCACACAAUCUCGUUCGAGUUUUCAAAUGAGCUCGCAACUAUCUUCGUCUACGGGGUCCAUCUUGACGACUCCUUCUUCGUCGUCUUCAUAUCUACCUAUGGCACAAUCCCAUAGCUUCCAACCGCCAUCUUCGCCUCCUCCAGACUAUGAGCCUGACCCGAGCCCAAGUUCAUUGCGACCGAUACCGUCGCGAAUUGAAUCGGCGCCUGAGUUUCGCCAUGUUGAUCCACCUGGUUUAGGACCUCGUUCCCAAACUGUACCGCCGCCUCGGAAAGCCCCCCCUUCCAGUAAUUUAGAUCGCAUCGACGAACUCGACGAAAGCAAUCCACUUGGUGUUGCACUUCACCAUGAAGGGCCUUUCCAGGCCGUUACCUCGAUGCUUCGAACACCAGCAAUGGCGGAGAGACCUGAGCGUCCGAUCAAACCUCCAAAACACGGACACGUUGGACAUCGAGGUAUCUCGCCGGGAGACGUGUUACCACCCAAUUUCUUUUUGCAUUACCAACAACAAACUCCUUCCCAGCGCAUGGGGCAGCCAUAUCAGGCCCAACACCUAGUCUCUCAAGUAAAUAUCCGACCUCAGGCACUUCCUCCAUGGCCAAUCUCGCCUAUUUACCACGACACCCAGUAUGAUCCGGUGGAACAGCCCUCUGAGGAUGAGGAUUUGCCUUCAUCAGGCCAUUAUCCGCAACCAUCUCAAGAUUUUGACGCUGCAUAUGGAGGGAUCGUUGACGAGUCAAUCCCACCAAGCAGUUCAAUUGCUGGACCUUCAACGCAAGCGCCAAUCAACCGUCAUCAUUUCUACGGUCCACCCAACUUGCUCUCUCCUGAUCCUCGUAUCCUUCGAGCUCAUGACCCGAAUGUACCGAAAUCGACCCAUCAGCAUGGUCACUCUCUUCCAGCUGAAUAUUUACCACCACCACCACCACAAGAGUAUGAUAACGGUCGUUUGAAUCGACCUGCGUCAUAUCAACCUCCUCGACAGGCGCAAGCAGUGAAUUUCGACCCCCACCAUCGUGCAUCUCUCCCGCCUCCUCGAUCAAUUGUCGACCGUCCAGAAACUGUUUCUGUUGCCCCAUCGAUAGCAACUUCUGCAGCACGUCGUGGGCCACUCCCUCAACAUGUGCCCCGCCAUCUAGUCAUGCCCACACCUCUGCAACAGACGAACCAGCUCCCCCAGGCCAGACAACAAGCUCGAUUCGAGCCUGCGUCACAAACCCAGCCAACGCGAGCACAGAACAUUCAAAUGGUCCAAGACCCCAAUGGGGGUCGACAUCUUCUGCGAAAACGAUCGACCAUCCAACAACCAGUGAAUGUGAUGCCCCCAAAAGCACGACCAAGGCCAACAUCUUACAUGGAGCCUCCUCCAACCAUUCCCAUGGCACCGAUUACUCGACCACCUGAGCAGCAAGACAAGAAACGACCCAAACGACUCCUUAGUAAACGACGGACGGACUUGUAA